AUGUUAAGUUUAAAUUUAGUCCUUAUUUUAGUAAUGAAUAGCUACAAACAUAAGUUCUUUUCUCAAAGCUUGGACACGGAACCGUCUCUAUCGAUUCAAUACGCUCACGACCAGAAGAGUGACGUCAUCACUAAAGAAUGUCUCACAGAAAUGUACCCUCGGAAUUUAUACAAAUACCCGCUACACAUAGAUAGAAACGACAUACCAUGUAUCAUCCAUUGUGUGCUGAAGAAAUUCGGUAUCAUGACAAAUGAUGGCGUUAUAAAUAUACGCAACUAUUAUAGGAGGGUUCAAGCGAUACACAGAUACGAUCCGAGGAUUUUGAUAUCUGAUGUUGGGGAGACAUGCGCACAGAAUAUUAACGGGAUGAAUUUGGACCACGAUGUGUGCAAAAAGGCGAAGGUGUUUAAUGAUUGCACGCAGCUCUAUGUUAUAUCUUAUCGAGAACCGGAUGAAUAA